AUGAAUAGAAUAUCACACUUGAGAAAGUUGAGAGCCUAUGAGAAACACACUACGUAUUCUAAAAAAGGACUUAAGCCAAAUGGAGGACAAUUUCUUAAUUUUGAUCACGUAAAAUUUUGGGUUGGAAAUGCAAAGCAGGCUGCUAGUUUUUAUUGUGCAAGGAUGGGCUUUGAACCAUUAGGAUAUAAUGGCUUGGAAACGGGCUCACGAUGUAAGGCAGCGCACGCUAUUAAGCUAAACAAGAUUAUAUUCGUAUUUGAAUCAGCUUAUGAACCUGAUAACGAAGAGAUGGCCAAUCAUCUUUCUCGACAUGGAGAUGGAGUUCGUGAUAUUGCCUUUAACGUCAAGGAUAUUGAUACCAUUUUUAAGAUUGCUAAAUGCAGAGGCGCCAAAAUUAUUCGAGAAUUGUGGGAAGAAAAAGAUAAAUAUGGCGUUGUUAGAUUUGCAACAUUACAAACUUAUGGAGAUACACUUCAUACAUUCAUUGAUCGAACCAAAUAUAAUGGAAUAUUUUUACCAGGUUUCCGAAAAAUAGAAGGGGAUGUCAUUGCAAAACUUUUACCACCUAUUAAUUUGAAUUUUAUCGAUCAUAUUGUUGGAAAUCAACCAGAUCAACAAAUGGAGCCAAUAGCAAAAUGGUACGAGGAUUUAUUGCAAUUUCAUAGAUUUUGGUCUGUUGAUGAUUCUCAAUUGCAUACGGAAUUUUCAGCAUUACGUUCGAUUGUAAUGACAAACUGGGAAGAAACAGUAAAAAUGCCAAUAAACGAACCAGCUUUUGGUAAAAAAAAAUCACAAAUUCAGGAAUAUGUUGAAUAUUAUGGUGGUGCCGGAGUUCAACAUAUUGCACUUAAUACUGAUGACAUAAUAACUGCCAUUUCAAAUUUACGUUUAAGAGGAGUUGAAUUUCUUAGUGUGCCUGACAGUUAUUAUAAAAUAUUGAGAAAAAGACUUCAAUUAAGUAACAUAAAUGUAAUUGAGGAUCUUGAUAUUCUUCAAAAAUUGCAAAUCCUCAUAGAUUAUGAUGAGAAUGGAUAUUUACUUCAAAUUUUUACUAAGAAUAUGCAAGAUAGGCCAACAUUUUUUAUAGAAGUUAUUCAGAGAUGUAAUCAUAAUGGUUUUGGUGCUGGAAAUUUUCAAGCAUUAUUCGAAGCAAUUGAAAUAGAGCAAGCAAAGAGAGGCAAUUUGUAAUUGCAAAA